CCAUUAAAAAAUUCCAAUUUUCUUCCCGUGCGAAGGGAAAAGCAAUGGCGAAGAGAAUCUAAUUGCCGUCAGUUUCUUCACUUUCUCCUCCGCUUACUUCAACAACAAUAGCCGAAAAGUGGAAUCAGAUUCUUCAACUUUUGCAAGUUCGCUGUUGUUGGUAUGAACUACUGUUACUGAGGUAUCGCUGUGCACAAAUCAAUUUGUGAAGUUUGCGUUAAAAAAAUUUCAAUGAUUCGAAAGCGGUUCCAAGAGGCUAAAACAGGUAUGCAACUGAUGAAAUCGAUGAGAGCCGAGAGGUUCUUGAAGAAAGUUGGAUUGGGUAGAGAGGAUCGUUACUUCUGGAAGCAAGUUGGAAAGGCUCUGUUGUGUACGUAUACUUUGAUAGGCGUUGCAUGGCUUUACAACGAAACAUCACCAUUUGGUUGGUGGACGCUGAAGCCACGGUCUAAGGCAGAGAAAGAUUUGGCUCACCUCUAUGAACGGCGGGAGUUUCCAUAUCCAGGUGAUGAAGAAGCUAUGGAGGACUUCAUUGUCAAGGGCGGAAUGAUCGGAACUGCCAUCGGUCCAAAGGGAAUCCUUGAUUUUGAUAAGGAUUCUUACAAUUAUCAGAAAGAAUUACAGAACACGAAGCUCGAGCAAGAGGCCCAGAAGCUGUGGUUCAGGAUGAGGAACGAAGUUAUUUCAGAGCUUCAGGAGAAGGGCUAUGAUGUCGAGUGAGGUAACUCUUGAAUGCAAGCAUGGAAAAUUAUGAUUGCCUAAUUUCUGCAUGUGUUAUUGCUGAGAAAGUUCUGAUAUAGACAUCUGCUUGAAUCCUACAUGUUUGCUACAUUUGCAGUCUAUUUCAUGUACAAAUUACUUUGUAUCAACCUACAAAAGGUUUAGUUAAUUUUAAUAAUCUCAAAACCGCUUCAAAAUGAACCCAACUUAAGAAAUUUUUAGUUUGAAUGUA